AUGUCACUUUCCGCUCACACCUCCGGGACCGGCGGCGGACUCGCCACCGUGCUACCAACGCCCGUGCAAGUUGUCGCCACGCCAGCCGGGCAGGUCGCGCCAAACCUCGACAAUGUUUCCACGAUCCUGGAGACCGCUGAUGGUGAGUUUGCGAUCACCGAUCCCCUCGGCAGUCGCCAGGUUCCCAUCGGUGUGCACGUGGGCGAGCGGGCGAUAUCUCUCGCCGGAUGGGACGCUCAGGCGAAUGCGCCAGCUACGCUCAACGCCGCCUCGGCUGGCAGCGACUGCAAGAGCCUUCGCGCGGCCGCGUGCUUUGUUCGUCCGGGCAGCGUGCUGCUGGGCGAGGCGGCGGCGGCUGAGUGGAGCCGGCGGCCGCAGCACACGCUGCUGCGCCCGACGCGACUGCUCGGCCGCUCGUACUCCUCUCUGGACGGCGCGCGGUGGCUCUCGACAGAGGAGGCCUUCUCUGCCUGUCCGCUCGCACCGGACCGCGACGAGGGAGGCUUCACCGCCGGCCGCGCGCGCUUCGCCCUCUCCCACGAGCGCUCCGAGAAGGAGGUCCGCCGUCGCCUCGCCGCCGCCGCCAACAAGGGGUCCAAGACGGAUAAAAAGCGCAUUCUCGAGGUGGAGACGAUGGUGCUCGCAAAGCUUCUCCGCUCCGCCGCCGCCUCCGCCGCACAUGACGACGACUCCGGCGCCGAUCCGACUCACGCGGUCCUCACGGCCGCCGCGUUGCUCGCCGCGCCGCGGCUGCAGCCUCUUCUCGCGAGGGCGUGCGGAGGCGGCGACGACACGGCGGCGGUCGUGAUUUGGGGCGCGAGCGGGCUUGCGGUGUCCGUGGCGCGGCGGGCCGUCUCCCCCGGAGGCGGGUGGGAGGUCGUGCGUACGGUGACGAGCGAGGGCGUGGGCGUCACCUCCCUCGAGCGGCGCGGCGGCAGCAGUGCUGCCGCCCCACGCGUGGUGCCUCGCUGCAGCGCCCUCUCGGAGCCUUCGGGUAGGCGCGUGGCGGGGCUGCUGCUGCGUCAGCUCGAGGAAGAGGAGGAGGCGGUGCUGGCCAAGCUGGCGGAGAGGAGGGCUGCCUCCCAGAUGACGCCUGCCUCCGAGGCGCCGCACGAGCCGGUCCGCCACUCCGUCUCUCUCGCGCGCGAGGACGGGUCGGUGCGCGAGUUUGAGUUGCAGCUGGCGGCGGGCGAGGGGGAGGAGUUGGCCGAGGAGGCGGCGGAGCAGGCGGCGGGCCUACUGCGCACCGCCCUCGAGGAGGGAGGGGAGGGGGAGGGGGCGCGCUGCGCUGUCCGCGCGGCGGUGCUCUGCCUCGCGGAGCCGCUCGAGGACGACUUGCUCGGCCUCGCGUGCCUCGUGGAGAGGGAGCUGCGUCAGGUGCUGCGUCAGGUGCUGCCGCAGCCUGAGGGGCUGCCGGCCGCGGGAACAGAGGCGAGGCCGGGGCCGGCUGCGGAGGGGGCGGCGGCGCUGCUCCGCGCCACUGCCGUCGACAUCACCUACGGAGCCGCGACGCUCGCCGCGGCGUCGGACCCUCGCGUCGCGCGCACGCUGAGCAAGCAAGGUUGGGCGGCGCCUCAGGAGCCGCUCGGGCGCGCCGUGGCGCUCGAGCGGCCGGGGGAGGCGCCGACGGUGCUGCUGCCCGCGGGCAGCGCCGUCAACUGCGAGGUCGAGCUCGAGGUGGGGCGGCCGCCCGGCGGGCAGCUCCUCCGCCUCUUCGAGGUCGGCGACGAGGGGCCGUCCGCCGCGCAAGGCACGCCGGUGCUCGCCGCCCGCUGUGGCGCGCCGCCGCCGCGCCGUCGGCGCGGCGCUGCGGUGCCGCCCGCGCGCGUCGUCGUCAGCUUCCGGCGCGGCUUGCUGGACGUGGUGGUGGAGGAGCCGGACGAGGAGGAGGGACCCUCCGGUGGGGGCUGCUGCCGCUGGUUGUUGCUGCUGCUGCUGCUCGCCUCAAGCCUCGUCGCUGUGGCGCAGCCCGCUCUGAUGGCGGCGCCGCGCGCGGGCGGGGGCAGCUCUGGCGCGGCCUAAGCGUCGUCCUUUCACAGAUGAAGAGCUAUCCCCGUUCGCGGCAGAGGUUGUACAGAGGAGUCAGAGGUGUCUCUCCCGAGUCCGACCGAUAAGCGUAAGCGAUACAUUGGUGAUGCAUAUAUAGU